CGUUAUCAGAAGAAAAGCCACCAUGAGCUCCAAUGGGGCUUCUUUUGAUCUUAAAGACAAGAUCUUCAUUCUAGUCACCGGUGCGAACAGCGGCCUAGGAUUCUCAGUAUGUUGCCGCCUUGCAGAUGAAUUCCUCCAGAAUCGUCCCGACACGCAGCAUCUGACGGUGAUAUUUACGGCUCGAGGACCGAAGAAGGGAAAGGAUACAUUGGCUAGGCUUCAGGAGCAUCUACGCAAUAAUUCUAUCGUGCGAAAGCAACCCUCCGCCGCGUCGCGAGUCACGUUCCAGGCAGAAGAUGUCGACCUGACAGAACUGCUGUCCGUCCGCGCACUGUCGCGGCGGUUGUUGCAGAACAUCCCGAAACUCGAUGCGAUCGUUCUUAAUGCGGGACUCGGUGGCUGGACGGGGAUCAAUUGGGCCGAAGCCAUCUGGAACGUCAUGACGGAUCCUCUCCAUGCGGUGUCGUGGCCCACGUUCAAGCUGGGGUCAGUGGGCAUGGUUACGAAGAAGCAGACUUCUCUGCAGAAGGAAGAGCCGCGGUUGGGUGCGGUCUUCUGCGCGAAUGUCUUUGGUCACUACAUGCUCGCGCAUAAUGUCGUUCCGCUGCUGAAGCGCUCGGGGAGUCCGAACGGGCCGGGUCGUAUUAUCUGGGUGUCUAGCCUGGAGGCGACGAUUGAGAUGUUCAACGUCAAUGACAUCCAAGGCCUUCGGACAGAUACAUCUUACGAGUCGUCCAAGUCCCUCACGGACGUGUUGGCCUUGACUUCCGACCUACCCAGCACCGCUCCGUGGGUGAAUAGCUUUCUCUCCGAGGACCCUUCAAAAGAGCCCAAGAAGGAAGAACAAGAAGCCAACCAGAAGCCGAAUAUCUAUGUAACGCACCCCGGCAUCUGCGGCACGUCCAUCGUUCCUCUUAUCCUCCCCGCUUUCUACUCCAUGCUCUUUUGCUUCUGGUUCGCUCGCAUGCUCGGUUCCCCGUGGCACACUAUCUCUACCUAUUUUGGCGCCUGCGCACCCGUCUGGGUUGCGCUAUCCAACCAGUCUGUUCUCGAUGACGCAGAGGCACCGUACCGCCAGCGUAGCGGCGGACGUGCGAAAUGGGGAUCCUCGGUGAACCGCCGGGGCAUCGAUCGCCCUGUGAGUAGCGAGGUCGAGGGCUGGGGCCAUGGGGGUGUUGUGGGAGUUGCUGCGGUGGAGGAGGACCGUCUGCGGCGUCGCAAACUCGGCGCUCGCGACUUGACGGUCGAGGAUCGACAGCACUUUGAGGAGCUGGGACGCAGGUGCUGGAAGGAGAUGGAGGAACUCAGAAUACAGUGGGAUGGGAUCCUCGAUGAAGCCGAGGCGGCAGCAUCUGAGUCUGGAACCUCAUGAAUGGGGUGUGAAGGCCAUGGGUCUGCUUUUUUAUUUUCCUUUUUGUAGCAUUUACCUCAUGUAUGAAUAUAAUACCACCGGCAGCCCAGUCGUAGACAAGCCUCUGAAUGAACAUAAUAAUACAAUACAGGUUUAACGCAA